AUGAGCCAGUCACUAAAGAGUCUCUGGCCUCCCAAGCCCCCUCUGACGGAGGCAAACCUACCGGACCAGACAGGCAAAGUCUUCCUCGUCACCGGCGCAUCAGGCGGCGUAGGCGAGCAGCUCGCCUCCAUCCUGUACCAGCACAACGCAAAAGUCUACCUGGCCGCGCGGUCCGAGGACAAGACCGCGGCGGCCAUCUCCUCGCUCAGGCAGCAGCACCCCCAGUCCAAGGGCGACCUCGUCUUCCUGCCCCUCGACCUCGCCGACCUGGGCACCAUUGCCCAAUCCGCCGAGCGGUUCCUGCGCCUCGAGUCGCGCCUCGACGUGCUCUGGCUCAAUGCCGGCGUCAUGGUGCCCCCCGCGGGCUCCAAGACCGCCCAGGGCUACGAGCUGCAGCUCGGCACCAACAACAUCGGCCACUUCCUCCUGACGAAGCUCCUGCAUCCCGUGCUGAAGAAGAGCGCCGCCGCCGCGCCCAAGAACUCGGUCCGCGUCGUAUGGGUGUCCUCCAGUGCCAUUGACCUGGCGCCGAGCGGCGUCAUUGAUUUCCAGAACAUGGCCUAUGACAGGGACGAGAACGCCUGGGUCAAGUAUGGGAGGAGCAAGGCCGGCAAUGUGUUGCACGCGGUUGAGUUUGCCAGGAGGACCGAGGGCGAGGGCAUCGUCAGCGUGAAUUUCAUGGCGUAUCCCGCCAAGUUUGGUGCUUAUACAGAGCUGUUCGCAGGUCUGCACCCCGAUGUUACUGUGGAAAAGUCUGGCAUGUUUAUUGCGCCUUGGGGGCGGCUGGUUAAUGCCCGCAAGGAUCUGUUUGACCCCGAGCUAGGGAAGCGGUAUUGGGAGUGGACAGAGGAGCAGGUCAAGCCGUAUGUCUAG